AUGAUYCCCCCCUUGUAAGUCCCAKGUUUUUUCAACUAGGCUUAAGAUGGUGGAGGAUAGAGAAGCGUACAUGUGUUAACUGGUUUUAUUCUAAUAGCAUUAUCUGUUCUUUUAAGCUCAAGAAUGCUCUGUCAGCUUGUCGGGAAGUUUAGACAUGUCAAUUUAUACAGUACCCGACCCCGAUUUGAGUCAAUUUAUUGAAACCAGUGUAUCCAACAGUUGUCACCUUAAUCGAAAUUUUACCUAUCUUGAUUGUAAUGGAGAAUGGCAACAAAUUCAAGAUUCACACUAUGGAUUUGAACUAGUGAAAAACAAUUUGCGGCGUGCAUAUUAUCUACAUAGCCUUGAGGAGACAAAGUUUGACGACUUCUCGCCAUCAAUACGAGGGAAAAUCAUCACUUUGAGAAUUUCAUGUUACAGAAAGGAUUACUGUGUGGUACUAAAAGUGAGAGGAAAACUCAAAUGUCCAUUUAUAAACCCAACAACAGUCAAACCAACAUCGCAAUACUCAGGUUCUGUCGGUAAUCAAUCUGGCAAGGAUAACAGCGGUGUGAUUGGGGGUGCAAUAGGAGGCGUAAUCAUCUUAUUGGUGGUAGUGGUAUUGAUUGUAUUGGUAAUGGCAAUCAGAAGGAAACGUGCUGCAAACAUUGGCAUUCAGCCAGAGACAUCUCAUAGCGCACUUGAUAACCCAAGCUAUAAGAGAGGUGAAGGCCAUGUCUUAACGUUAACGAGUCACCAAGAUGAUCAAGAAGUCAACCCAUACUCCUAUGCUAGGCAUGCUGACCAGGCCAUCGCUAGCGAUACCUACGUACAAGCCAACGACUUCAGUACCGAUACAAAAGAAAGAAGAGAUCAAUUCCAAGGAACAUUAGAAGAGUCAAACAUUGAAGAAAAAAAGGAGAAACAGCUUCCUUUGCCGAAUGAGCCACAUUACAACGUMCUUGAGCAUAUAUCGUUCCCAGUUUCUCCAUCAGAUUACGAAGUUCCAGUUUCCAAMAGGCAAGUUUCAAAUGACGGUGAAAGACAAUCCUCGCACGACAUACAUAAGGUGCCUUCGUCUUCAUUUGAAGAAAAUCGUUCGUCCACAUAUCCUUUGUCAAAUCAGUCCAAUGCCCCAGUUUACAACACUUUAGAAGAUCCAGAUUACCAAAAACUGCAAAGAUCGCAAGACAUUUAUAGUGUGCCUUCCAAUAAUGCUCAUGAGCCCAUACCUACAAUUCAGGGUCGAUUGUCACCGGGUUCUCCACCAAAUUGUGAAGCUCCAGUAUACAACACACUAGAAGAUCCGGAAUAUGAAAAACUACAAAAAUCUCAAGACAUGUACAGUGUCCCUUUUGGGAGUAAACCUACGGUUGAUGGAGGUCAAACUCCCUCAAGYUCUUUAUCAAAACCCGAUGCCCCAGUUUACAGCUCAGCAAAGGAUCCAGAUUACCAAAGACUCCGUGAGCCUUCAACUUCUACAAUUCAAGUAAAUCAACCGUCAGCAGGACCUCCACCAAAUUAUAAAGCUCCAGUUUACAAUACACUGGAUGACCCAGAUUAUGARAAACUGAAAAUAUCACAGGGCAUAUAUAACGUCCCUUCCAAUAGUAGCGAUGGCAGUAAAUCAACAUUCGAAGAAAGCCAAUCAAUACCGGGAUCUUCACCGAACUCUCCAUUUUACAGCACUUUAGAUAACCCCGACUACGAAAAACUGAAGAUAUCACAAGCUACAUGCAAUAGUGGCAAUGACAGUAACUCUACAACCGAAGAGGGCCGAACAAGACCGGAUUCUUCAUCAAAUCCAACUUCUCCAAUUUACAGUUCACUUGAUCCAGAUUACGAAAAASUCAAUGAUCCGACACCAAUCCAAGAAGGCCGAUCGUCUUCGGAAGCUUCAGCAAACUAUGACGCCCCAGUUUACCGCGACGAUGGCCAUUACAAGAGACUGCAAAGAUCACAAGGYACAUUCAACGCGCCUUCAAAUGUCCAUGAGAGCAAAGCUGUAAAUCAAGAAGACAUGAGUCCCRCCUCGCCUGUCUACAGCACGCCAGAAGAUGUACAUCACUACGAAAAAGUUCACAAAUUGCAAGACAUGCACGAAAGACCUUCCUAUAACGUUCUUGAACGCCCUGAAACCAAGUGGAAGACAAACCAAGGACCAGUUUAUGAAGUACCAAAAGAACCAUCUUUCAAGGACCCCUUACGUAAUCCUGKGAGGUCAGAGUACAGUAAACUCGAACACCCAACGAACAGGAAAAGUGUACAAUCGAAAGAAAUACAGAAUGAGUCUUCCUACCACGUUCUUGAUCGCCCCGAGACAAGGUGGGCAUCAAAGAAAAGGAACAUUUCAGAGGAACCAMCAAAAUCUAGUGGUGGUCCAGUGUAUGAAGUAAUCUAAAACAGAUCAGAUGACCAUCUCGUACAAUAUGUUCCGAAAUACAUCCUCUGCUAGACCUUUGGCUGACUGUAUUUACAGACUUUGAGAUUGUUUAUCUGCUCUGUAUCAAUCCAGACAUCAUUAAUUGUAAUAAACAGAUAAAUAGCAUCCAUUGGAAGAAGAAAAUACACGAACAAUUUAAUGACACAGCACUCCAUGCAAAAAGAGAAGAGACUCAUCAAAAUCAUUUUAUCAUAGAUGUUUUUGCUUAGUUCCAGUUGUAAAUAAGAAUAUCGUCCACACCGUUAUUUCAAGGAGUUGAUAGAACUCCAAAAGAGGAGUAGAAAAAAGCUACCAGAUAGCUCCUUUCCGGAGUAGAUUUAACUCAACCAAUUUUAAUUUCACAUGGGAGAGUAGUUCUGACUCGUCUUCUAAGAGCAAUUGUGAACCUCCUUUGGAGUAAUUUUGACUCUCUUUCCGAGUUAAUUGAAACCUCUGGAGUAAAAAUCACUCGAGUUGUAGAGACGAUGUAACUCUCUUUAAAGUUACUACACUAUAACUGACUUUAACUCCAGGUAGAAUUACUAGACAAGUAAAGAAACAUUGACUAAAGUACAUUUGUAUAUUGUUUCCCAUAAUCUUAACAAAAUUAAAUGUGAUUUAAAAAAAGUUUGCUUAUACAUGAUUUUAUGUCGGUU